UUAAGAUUUAAUUUUGUAUAUUUUAAAAGUUAAAUCUAAGUCAAAAUUAAAUCUUAAACACUUUAAAAAAAAAUAACCGCUCAAUCCACAGGAAUCAUGCACGGCAAGGCGCAUCUGUGUCAAAUGCUUAGGCCGAAGAAACCACCGUCCCAAGGGUCUAAUUACUAUAGUGAGUUCAGGAUUUUGGUCAUAAUGGUAAGGGGCUAUUUAUAAAUCGUGUUUUAUAUUCUUUGUAUGGCUUAUUUGUGCGUAGUGUCAUGGUGUGGCAUGCAUUAUUAUUUAGGAACCAGUUAUGAAAUCUAUUAGAUUUUGUAGCAAAUUUUUUACAUAGUGAGACCCUUCGGUCGGCCGGUCUCUCCAGUCCAAGCUGCGAAAGGGCAUCACCAUAACUAGUGAACUUAUCGGCCAGAAUGCACCGACAAACCCGAGUUUGGAUGCGCUCAAUUGCAAUGCUUUGUUGUUUAGUUAAGCCAAGCUUGUGACUUGGUUAAACUUUCACGAAAGUUUCAUUCAGGUCACUUGAUUAGUUAUUGAAAUGUCUGGUCUUGGACAUUUUCCUUUUAAUGAUUCAAAAUUUAAACAUUUCUUCAUCGAAAUAUGACAAAAUAUUCUGGGUAGUGUCAUUUAGAGCCAUUGAUUAUUUUUAGAGAUAUUUAGGUUUGGGACCUUAGGAUUUCAAUGACCCUCAAAUUCACACCUGAAUUUGGAUCGUCAGCAACACUUUAUAAUUUCUUCCUUGUAAUUUGGUUAUUAAGUUUCACAAAAAUGUCAUUCAUAUCUGUUAGUUUUUAAAAUAUCUUGUCUAUGAUGUUUGCUCUUAAAUCCCUUUAAGUGGUCCUCACAUCCACACCCUACUCCGGACCGUCACUUUGAUUUAAUUAUUUCUUUAUUGGGUUAUUUUCAAUUAAGCCUGUGAAGUCGUUUUAAAGAUAUUUCGAACAAAAUACAGUCGAUUAGCUUUACACAUAAAACGUGCACCUUUACCGCUCGAAUGAACGAACUACGUGUGUUUGUGUGCUUAUACUGGGUUUUGCCGAAGAAAUGUAACAAAACACAUUGUCAUUAAUUUCACACCUAUACGGGUGAAAACAGUUUGGUUGGGUGCUUUAGAGAGUGUUUUCCACACUAUUUAUCCCAGGUUAGAGUCCCAUGAUAUCUUUUAUUUAUUUUUUUUUUCAUCAUCUUAUAUUUAAUUGUCCGUCCUGAACUUAACAUCUUAUUACCGGCCAAGCCAUUUAGGCAUCAGCACUGCACUGAUUUUUUUUUUUUUUUCAUGGGGAAAAUGAGUGCCAAAUUUAUUCAGAUGAGAUUUAUGAUGUGGGCGGAAGUAUGCACUCUGAGAGUGCCCUCUAGUUGUAUAUUCUUCUGUAUUGAAGGAAAUUAGUAUAGUGCUUAGUGAUGUCACGUCAUCAGACUACUCUAUGUACAGUAUAAUAGCAUUUUCUGUUUCAGUUUUCAUUAUGAGAGUGCGGCUUGCUGGAAUGCGGCUUGAUUAAGUUCUGUUUUUCGACUGUAAAAUGGAUUUUACUGUCAGCCGAAACGUCACGACCAAUGAAAUUAGGGAUAAUCUAAUAUUUGUUUUAAUUGUUUAUGUACCAUUAGACUUGGUGAUCAUUUGUGGAAGCGCAUUUGUUCUCAUCGUCAUUCGCAGAACUCCAAGUUUACAAGGGCCACAGUUUACUUUACUCGCCAGCUUAGCAUUUGUUGACCUACUCACUGGGAUUAUCGCUGUCCCCAUCCUUGUGUGGGGGCUUGUCAUUCGGGGAUCUCUCCACUUACCGAACAUUGAAAACUGUCAAUUACAAUACAUCCCCAUGGAAAUUUUUGUAUCGACGUCGUUUCUUCAUCUUGUUUUUAUUACCAUGGACCGAUACGUCUCAAUAGCUAAAUCUUUAAGAUAUGAACAAAUUGUUACUCCGACCCGAGUUAAUUGUGCUAUCGCUGUCUCCUGGAUUAUAGCCUGCAUGUAUAGCGGCAUCCAAUUUCUCUGGAAAGGCAAACGGACUGAAGCUGUUUUUCUUUGCUACCAGAUGAAUCCACAAGGUAUUACAGUUCAACGUUACGUCGCAUUGAUCCUGGGUCUUACAUGUGUAAUCUUAAUGGUCAUAAUGUACUUCAAUAUUUUCAUGGUGGCAAGGAAGCAUAUGAAUACCAUAUAUUCAACAUCUCAGAAGACAGGUGGCACACAGACAACUAUUCAUAAGAAAUUUAAAGCGGCUAAGACAUGCGCAUUGAUAGUCUGCGUAUUUGUCAUUGCCUAUUUACCUUUUGCUCUCAGAGGUGUUAUCUUCAUAUUUUUUCAACGUUCUGAUAUAUAUUGGUAUGAUUUGAUGUCGGAGGUGUCGUUGUGUAUGAUUUCGGCAGUCAACCCGUUCAUCUACGUGUUCCGUCAUAGGCAAUUCUCGUCUGCUUUACGUCGUCUCAUUGCGAGACUUAGAUAUACCGCUUACGGUAGGAUAGGCGUACAGGUAAAAAAGAAGGGGACCCAGUGUCAGAAACUUUGUAAUAAACUGAAAGACGUUGUAAAAGAAUUUGGUGAUCGACUGUGUCAAAUGCUGAUGAAAGAUCAAACCUUACAAGGGCAACAGCACGCUUGCAAUCAAAAGCACAGACAAUGUCAUUAUGAAUCUUAGUAAGUGCAGUUUCGGUAUUAUGACCUACUUUGUAAGCGGAUUGAA